CCCCAGUAUGAUUCGUACUCGUGUUGUUUUUUUCUAUGCAACGAAUGCUAUAUAAUUGCGAUUCAAGACUUCAACUCCAGACUAACGAUUUGGAUGUUAGUAUGAAAUACAUGUACUCUUGCACGAAUAAAGAAAGCCACACGAUUUGCGGUAUUGUUUAUUUCUACUGUUACGAAUCCGAGGUAUAAAUUGUUUUCUCAAAAAAUUCUUUGAGUGUCUUGAAAUUCGAAACUUGAGCCUCGAAACUCGAUUCUUGAUUCUCGAAAGCAUCGACCACCAAAAUAUACAUACAUAAUUAUACGUCCUUUUCAAUCAUAAUGUAGAAAAAAAAACCUGCCGCUGGUUUAACAGUCUUGGAUCAUGUGUACUAAAGGCAUCCACAGUCAAGUGUCAAUGGAUACCCUCGAUCUAUACCCUCAAUUGACCCUUGAUGGAUACUCGAUCAACACCUCAGUUGACACUCCAGCAACACUCCAUUGACAUCUCGGUCAACAGUUGGUCGAAAGUCGACUAAUUUUCAAUCGAUGCAUAUGAGUAGGUCAACAUUCAGCCAACUAUCCAUCAACUGUUGAUCAAGUGUCAAUCGAGUGCCUUCCGAGUAUCAUUCGGGAUGUUUAUUGAGAUGUCGAUUGAAACCAUCGAUCGACACUUGAACGUGGAUACUUUUCGUACACAUGAUCUAGAGUCUUUUGAUGGUGGUUUUUCUCUGUAACCAAUCAGAUUUUUACAAGUAACUUUGCCACUAGUUGGCCACAAGGUCUGUGUUGCCAGUUAACAUAUUAAUUAAUUGGAUAUAUAUGUGAUUUUUAGAGUACUGGGAUAAUCAAUGUUUUGUCAUCUCUCAACUUCAUUAUGACUCCUCCCCCACCCACAAAGCCCCUACCCUCGACCAAAUAGGUAAAUUAGCAAAAAUGAGCAUGUGACAUUACAGUUGACCACCGAUAACUCGAACCCCCGGCUAACUCGAAGUAAUUUCAUUCCCUGCAGGCCAUUUUCUAUAUAAUUUUACCCUCGAUAACUCGAACCUUUUACUACUUCCCUUGAAGGUUCGAGUUAUCGGGAGUCGACUGUAUUUCUGUCUACAAAUCCAAACUUGCUGUCUCCAGUAGCACACUAUACUUGACACUAGCUCAUAUAGUUCAGGAUACGUUUGUUUGAUUCGUCCCUUAAACCCCUGUAGAUCAGAGCGAAGAAAGCACUCUGCACCGAACGACAUGUUGAGAUAUCUCUUCCUCUCAGACACAAUCAACAAAGUCAGGGUGAGGCCUGGCUACAUAGCUUCACCGCUGACCAAAUUCAUGUUGGGCUCACAAAUAAGAUGGCGGUAGAAGAUGGCGGGUUUUCUUUUCUCUGACGCUUUGCGGUUUUAAUUGCUUAUUUUCAGCUAUUUAGGAAUGGCAAUGGAUAUUCUUGAAUGUGAAUGGGGCUCAUGUGAAGAAAAGUUUCGUUUGUCAGACUUUCACGACUUCAGAGAGCAUUUUGAGGGGCAUUUAAGGGGAAUUUUACCAGGAUAUCGACGAGGAUUUUCCGACGACACCAUCCCGGAUAAUUUUUCGUGCUAUUGGCGAGAUUGUGGUUGGGAUUCACCCAUUGAUGCCGGCGAUUUGAUUCGCCAUGUUUUCUUCCACGCUUUUCACGCCAGGAUAAAGCUUGAAGGCUACAAAAAGCAACAAGAAAUGAAACUGGCACCUUGUACUUUGGACAACCAGAGCCGAAAUUUGCUGCCGGAUAUUCCCGAACCGUUUCUUUGCGAGUGGAGAGAAUGCAGCGUGGAGUUUAACUGUCCAACGCUCUAUUACAGACACGUAGACAGUCAUGCAUGGGCCGUGGAUAAGACUUUGAAGGAAACAGGAGAAAAUGGAAAGAAGAAAUACUCUGUAACCUGCCAGUGGGAAGGAUGUAAUUUUACAACUGUAAAUCACUACAAGCUGAAGGAGCAUUGCCGAAGUCAUACAAGAGAGAAAAUUUUUGCCUGUAUGACUUGCGGUGGUAUGUUUGCAAACAAGGCAAAGUUUGUAGACCAUGUGGUGCGACAGAAUUCUUCUGGGUAUGAAAGCUUUCAGUGUUCACAUUGUUUGAAGCACUGUGGGUCGGAGCGUAUCUUGCGAGAUCACAUGCGACACCAUGUAAAUAAUGUGAAAUGCCAGUUUUGUGACAUGACCUGCCCAAAUGCUUCUGCUUUAAAACAACACAUCAAAUUCAGGCAUUCAGCAGAAAGACCUUUUAAAUGUGAUGUGUGCAGUUAUACCUGUAAAAUGCAGUCAGACCUAAGACGGCAUCGUGAAUUCCACAAUGCAGUUUUAGCAUAUCACUGUGAUGUGGAGGGAUGUAACUUCUCUGCCCGAGCCAUGCAAACAGUGAAAAGACAUCAGAAAGUUGAUCACCAGGGCAUUGAUGUGAACCGAUACGAGUGCCAUGUCUGUGGACAGCGGUAUACAAGAGGUUCAGGGCUUACAAACCAUCUGAAGAAAAAGCACAGUUUCAGCUGGCCAGCUGGUCACCCCAGGUUUAGGUACAAAGAGUGUGACGAUGGCAUUUGUCGACUACAAACUGUGCGCUUUGAAAGUCUACAUUUAUCACAGUUGCUCAAUGAACAAGAGGGUGAAGAG